AUGACGAGUCGGCGCCCCCGCCCCCUCCACCGGACACGCCUACGCCAAACGGACGAAACACGAGACAAGGAACUAGGCGGAGCCAGCGACUGGCGUUACGGCCGCGCGGAGGAGGCGGCGAGCAGGGUCGGCACUAUUGUACGCAGAAAUGUCUUCUCGGGAUGGUCAAGGGUGGUUUUCUCGACCCAAAGUGCCCGAACGUGGCACUUCACUGCAAGAGCUGUGCUCCCGCCAGCGCACGCGCACGCGCACGUCAUCCUGUCAAUCACGAGGAGUGGCUUCGCUUACUCUGGAUGCAGCUGAAACAGUCUCUUGACGACGGGAUCAGGCCAUUGGGGGAGGGUGGUGCGCGGGGUGUGCUUUUCCAAGUGACCCUACUUUCGCAUGGCUACACCUUUGUCAGCAAGGGCACGGUGCGGGCUUUCAUCCAAGAUCUCGAGCACGAGGCUGCUGUCUACGAGCGUCUCAAACCAAUCCAAGGCGUCCACGUGCCUGUUUUCCUGGGUGCGGUUGACCUUCGGUCG